AAAAUGUAAUUAAUAGACUUGAACAUUAGAACUACAAAACUACUACUUUCUAUUUUAGAUAGGUUUAAAGUUGUAGAGCUCAAUGGGAAAUUGAGAUUAAAUUGAAUGCUAUGGAAAAUAAAGUUCAACAAUAUAGAAGGGGAAAAAGGAACCCUAGGCAGGAGAUAGGGAGGUGUCAAGGUUAAAAUUAUAGGGACAAUGGAAAAAGGAUUUUCUUAAUCUGACACCGUUUCUGCAGAUAGGUGCAUGGCAGGAAAGAACAUCUCAGUGCAAUCUUGUGUUGAAGAUACAUGGAAAAAGCAUUAUGUGCCACUGUUAAAAAUGCAAAAGUUUUGAGAAAGCAGAAAUGGUGAGAGGGCAUCCCAGAAAGAUUGUGGGUAUUUCUGGCCAUGAUUCACCUAAUAAGUUAACUGGAAGCUGUGUUUCAGGUCAGCUGUGUUUUAAAAAAUGUUUGAAAGAAGCAAGCUAAACACUUUAGUAUAAUUGCUGCAUAAUCAACAAGAGUUUUAAAGUUUUCCUCCGACAAAUACAACAAUCCAUCUUAGGUCUCCUCCACCAGAAUGCUCUACAUACAGCUGCACAAAUGUGAGUAGCAGAAUGGUUCUCUUGAAAAGUCUUAGAGAAAUGUCUCAGAUGUGGCUCUCAGGCCAGGCUUGGUCUAGUGGGAAUUUCUCCUCCUUGGUCUGGCUCUCUUCUUCCCAGGCUGCAGAUUGGAAGUUACAUGACCCAGAACAAAGCAGGGGUGUUUCCUACUUUCUUUUCAGCCUGGCUGACUCACUGCCUGGGUCUUCUGUCUUUAAUAAAAUUGCCUCUGACUUGCCUUUGCAAUCAGGCAAGUCACCGAUCCUGCCAUUCACACCAUGCAGUCCACCUUGUCCUUUCUGGUUAUCUUCUUGAAACUUCACGUCACAGGCACAUUUCAGAUACGUCUGUCUGGAGGACCUAACCUUUGUGCAGGACGGGUGGAGGUUUUCUACAAAGGUGAAUGGGGGACAGUGUGUGAUGACGACUGGGACCUGCGUGAUGUUGCUGUUGUGUGCCGAGAACUAAAUUGUGGGCAAGCCCUUUCAGCACCUCAUGGAGCCUGGUUUGGUGAAGGAGUUGGUUCCAUCUGGCUGAAUGAAGUACACUGUGUGGGUACUGAGAGGCACCUGCUUUCCUGCCACCACCUUGGCUUUCGCAAACACGUCUGCACCCAUGAGGAAGAUGCCAGUGCCAUCUGCUCAGCCAUUCCUGCCUACACAACUUUCAAGAAGGGCAAAAUGGAGCCAGUAACAACCACAAGACCACUUGUGUCACCUACACCUACUGAGGAAACCCAUGCUCUGAGACUUGUGGGUGGCAGAAGUCAGUGUUCUGGCCGGCUAGAGGUAUUUCAUGAGGGGCAGUGGGGGACAGUGUGUGAUGACAUGUGGGACCUUCUGGAUGUUGCUGUUAUAUGCCGGGAGCUGGACUGCGGGGAGGCUCUGGCGGCACCAGGUGGUGCUUUCUUUGGUGAGGGGAACAGUGUCAUCUGGCUAGAUGAUGUGCAGUGCCAAGGAGAAGAGUCAAAGUUGGCAGACUGCCACACCAGUCCCUGGGGGACAAACAACUGCCGACACAGUGAAGACGCUGGGGCUGUGUGUUCAGGUGAGAUGCCCCUUGCCAUGAUAGAAGAGCAUACAGCCAUGCUUACAAGGACCUUAGCUCCUCAAAGAUCCUGGUCUGUGGCACCAAAGAACAUUCCACAUCCUAUUCAGCUUACAAGAAACCAGGAAGAAACUGUGACUAGUCAAGAACACACAGAGAAUAUUCCCAAAGGAGGUCUUUCAGAAAGUGGCCAGCAGCAGCUGCGGCUUGUAGAUGGCCCUGAAUCCUGUGCUGGACGGGUGGAGGUGUUGUACAAAGGCCAGUGGGGCAGUGUGUGUGAUGAUGGCUGGGACUUGGUGGAUGCAGCUGUUGUGUGCCGUGAGUUGGGCUGUGGAGCUCCACUUCUCAGUCCUGGCAAUGCUCGGUAUGGACCAGGAUCUGGACCUAUCUGGUUGGAUGAUGUCAACUGCACUGGGAGAGAGUUUACUAUACAGCGCUGUCGUUCUCAGCCUUGGGGGAAGCAUAACUGCAACCAUCAUGAAGAUGCUUCAGUCAUCUGCACAGGCAGGUGGAAACGUCUGUUAUUCCAAAAGCCAUCUGGUAAUUCAAAGGCAACUGAACCAAUCUCUGCCACACAAGACCUAGGAUCUCCAAACAAUUCAGAGCUGCAAAAUGUGAUGAAUGUAGCAGAGACCACCACAAAUAUUCAGGAAUUUCCAGAUGAGUCAGAGAUAAAGUCUCUCAAUCAAUGGUACACCAACGAUCCUUUCCUAACCACACCAAGUAUGAAAACUGAACUGGAAAAGAAGUCAAAGCCAAUAAAUCCUUCAGAAAUUGCUGAAGCAAAGCCUAGUCCAAAAAUAUUGCAGUAUGUGCAGGAAAAAGAGUCAACCAACUUCCCUAAAGCAAGAAUGGUUCCGCUCAAAUGGAAAAAAGAGUCGAUCUCUUCCUCAGAAAAUUUUCAGCCAACCUCUAUCAUAUGGCAUGCAGAAUCUAAAAGAGAAAUGAAGUCAACAACUCCUGGACUCAUAGAUAAAACAAUAUCCAAUUCAGAGAACCCACAGCAUGUUCAGGAGAUGGAAUCAACCAUUUCUUCAAAGAUCAGGUCACCACUUCAAAAAUGGGGGGAAAUGCCCAUUUCCUCAUCCAUAGAAUUUAAACCAUUAUCCAUGUGGGAUAUUGAAUCUGACAGAGACAUUGAGUUAGAAAGGCCAUCAGGAGCAGAACCACCCCCAUUUGCACAAUCCAUUCACUCUGCUACUGAGAUGGUGCCUCCCAUCUAUUGGGAUAGCAACACUGAAGUGUCUCCAACCACAAAGAACAUAGAAUUCAAUGGCGUCUUCACUGGAAGUCAAUAUAUUACCACUGCCACAUGGGUUCAGGCACCUGAAAAAGUUAAGAAACCAUCUGAUUAUAUGACAAAUGAAUUGUUCCAAUUCUCAAAGAGUUUGGAUGUUACAAAAGAGAUGGAACUGCCAAUAACCACACAAAAAUUACAACCUGAAGAGCACAUGGAAACAACCACCCCCAAAGUCAUAGAUUCUGAAGAGAAUUCAAAUCAAGAAAACUGGGAGGGAUCAAAUGCAGAUUCCCAUCCUGUGGAGCCCACAG